AGUAGUAAUACAAGACACAACUUAUAAUCCAAAAGACAUUUGUUCUGGUUUCUUUCUCCAGAAAAAAACGAUGUGAAUGAUUUGAUCUAGGCCUUUAUGCCUAUUUUUAUUUAUUUAUUGAUUUUAUUUUCUCGAUCAAUAUAGACGCAUAUACAAUUUGUUCUGAGUCAUUGCGAUGGUUCUCAAGACACCAAAUUGUUGUGCUGCGAUGGCAUUGUUAAGAGCUGCUCCAAAGGGUAAAUUGUCAUCCUUGUUCGCACGCCCACAAACUCAGAGACCCACAUCUUCAAAUCCCACAACUUCUCCUGAAAACCCCAUCAAAGUAUCAUCUUUGUUCACCAAUCCUACAGUAUCCACUUCUUCAAAUCCCAAAACGAUGACUCCCAAUGUUCCAGUUGUUCGCACCCAGCUCGAGAAAUUCCUCUAUAUAAACUGCAAGUCAGGAAAUGUUACUCUUAGUGAAACUCUGAAAUACUUUGAUAUCAUGAUUCAUAUGCAGCCGAUUCCUCCAGUAAAAUCAUUCAAUUUCUUGUUAGGUCCACUUGCUCGGAGUAAGCAUUGUAGUCAUGUUUUGUCGCUUUAUGCGAGAAUGGAUUCCAUUGGGUUAUUGCCUGAUUUAUUCACGCUCAACAUUUUGAUUAAUUGCUUUUGCAAUGUCAGUCGGGUAUGUGGUGGCUUUAUGGUUUUGGGAAAUAUGAUUAGGAGGGGUUUUAGACCAGAUGUUGUCACUUAUAACUCCUUACUCAAAGGUUUGUGUGCAGAAAACAAAAUUGUUGAGGCAACCAAGUUAUUUAAGAAAAUGGUGAAGUUGGGGUGCCGGCCUAGCAAGUAUACUUGUUCCAUUUUGAUUAAUGGAUUGUGUCAAACUGGAAAUGCGAGCAUUGCGGUUAAGUUGCAUGAAGAAAUGACUAAGAGGAAUAGUGGAUAUGGCAUUUACUGUCAGCCGCAUCAACUUUGGUAUAAGACUAUAAUUCGUGGGCUUUGUAAAGAGGGAAUGGUAGAAAAGGCAAGAGAACUUUUCUCAGAAAUGAGAGAUGCAGGGAUUCUUCCUGAUGUGUAUGCUUAUAACUCUUUAAUACUUGGUUUAUGCUAUGAUGGAAAAUGGAAAGAGGCUAAUGGUUUGUUUACUGAGAUGGUGAAUCAAGGGGUCCGGCCUAACGUGGUUACAUUUAGUGUGUUGAUAGAUGUGCUUUGCCAAAAGGGACAGAUGAAAAAAGCUAAUGAUAUUCUAGAACUGAUGAUUCAGAGCGGUGAGAAUCCUAACUCAUAUACAUACACUAGUUUGAUAACUGGCUUCUGUAUAGCAGGUAGGUUUGAUGAAGCAAAGGAACUAUUUCUUUCUAUGCCAAGUAAAGGGUGUGAAGUUGAUAGCCAUAACUUCUGUGCAUUGAUCAAUGGGUAUUGCAAGAAGUGGAAGACUGAGGAAGCUGUGAAUCUUUUUAGGGAAAUUGUUCUCAAGGGAGUUAGGCCCUCGGUUGAUACAUACAAUGCCUUAUUAACUGGUCUUUUCCAGGCAGGUAAGGUUGAAGAUGCGCGCAGGGUGCUGCACGAGAUGCAAGUUCAAGACCUGUCACCUGAUUCAACUACUUAUGUCAUAUGUGUGGAUGGGUUUUGCAAGAAUGAUUGUGUUCUAGAGGCCCUGGAACUUUUUCAUAAUUUGAAAAACUGUAAGUUUGGAAUAAAUAUUGACAUCUUCAACUCCCUUAUUAAUGGAUUGUGUUUGUCUGCAAAGCUUGAAAUUGCUCUGGAGCUGUUUAAUCAGUUGCCUUGCAUGGGUCUGGUGCCUAAUGUUGUAACAUACACCAUCAUGAUCAAGGGCUUUUGUAAAGAAAAGUUAUUGGAGAAGGCAAAUGGUUUGCUUUUAGAAAUGGAAGAAAAGGGUUGUGCUCCAGAUAUUGUUACAUACGAUACUCUAAUGCGUGGUUUUUUGGAAAAUAGUAAGUUGUCAGAUGUUGUGGAACUUCUUCAUAAAAUGGCGGAGAAACAUGUUUUACCAGAUGCAUCUACAUUCUCCAUUGUGAUAGACUUGCUCUCAAUGGACAAAAAAUAUCGUGAAUGUUUAAACUUACUUCCAACUUUUUUACCCCACAAGAACGUAUAAAAAAAUGACAUUAGUAAUUUAUGGUCAUCAGCAUGUGCUUUCAGCCAAAUUUCUUUAGGGGAAGGACUUUAAUUGAAGGUUGUUUCUUCUACCAGAUGAAUCGCCCUGUUAACGCAUGUAGAGUGAAAAUGCAAGUGAUGGUUUAACUAGUAAGAAUCUGAUGAGGGCAUAUCAAUUUGCUUAGUAAGGAUUGGAUUACUGUGACCUGGCUGAAUGUGUUUGUGCAAGGUUACUAAAUCUAACAUAAGCAUUCAGCAAAACUUCUUCAUUGGGAAGGACUUCGAAUGAAGGAUAUUUCUUCAACCGGAACUACGGAAUCCAAAGACCUCCUCUUCCUCUCCUUCUCCCUCUUCCGCCAAGCAAAAACACUCUGCUUUCAAUCUCUGUCUCUCUCUCUGUUACUGCCGGUAAAGAGAUCUACUCUAGUCAUGCCAAGUCAGCUUCCAGCUCAGCAGUUAAUUGGAUCUGCGUUAAUGUUCUGCAGCCAACAAGUCUUAGACAUGUGAUUCAGUUCUAACAAAUGACAAAUUUGUUAGUUAGUUAAGCUUGUUGACCAAUCAGAAUUAAAGAAACUGGAAUGGAGGACAUCAAAAAAGAAUUGGAGUUGAGAAACAAUACCAGUUGCUUCUUGGUUGAAUUUGAUCUGCUAUUUUGAAGGAAGUUUUGAGACAUAUAGUCUAUAUUUGAUGUUUGGAAGAUGCCAGAUCUCAGAUUAUGAGAUGUAAAACACUAUGGCAGUCGACUAAGAAAGGGAAUUAAUGAAUAUUGGCUUAAAAUGAAGACAAUUUGCUGAUAAUCUUGAAGCUGCUGGAGAAUUUGUACAUGAAACUGAUGUUACAUUUUCGGAGACUUGGACACGAAUUUGAUGCAGUUUUGAAAAUCUACUUUCGAGGUUAUAUUCUGCUUGCUUAACUGAAGUUCAUUUUCGAGAAGAGUAUAAUACCUCAGCGGUAUUAAAUAUUGGUGGUAGCAAGUCUGCCAAUUUUGUUCAUUCAGGAAAUACUGGAAAUUCUACGAAUACUGUAAAUUCUGGAAAUUUUUGAGGUUCUUUUAAUUUGUCCUCAAAUCGUGUUGGAUUGUCUGUCAACUUACUUGGUCCUUUAGCUUGUAAUACUCCUGGCUAUAAGAAUCAGAAUAAUCUACCUACACCCAAUUUUCAAAAGCCAUUGAGUCAACAAAAUGCUAGCUUUAAGUAAUAAUAAUCAGUUUUCUUAUCUAGACUCUGGCGGUGAUAAGAGUACAAUGGUAGAGGAAGAGGAAAUUUUAAUAGAUCAACCAGUGAAAGUAUGUGGAAGAAUAGGUUCCCACAGCCUUUUGAACAAUAGCAAGGUCCUAGAGGUCUUUAUGCUGGUCUUCAAUCCAGUUUUCAGGCUUUUGGUUCUCAAUUUAUUCAUGAUGCCUUAUCUAGGUUCUCAGUUCACUUGUGGAAUGUCUUCUCAAAGUGUGAUUCCUUGUGCUCCUUUGGGAACAAUAACAGGACCUGUUAAUGCCAAUCUGCAAAUGUUUAGUUCAUUACAACAAGUUACCAAACAAGGUACCUUGGUUCUGGGUUUUAUGGCACACUGCCUAGUAAUUCUGGUUUUGUUCCUCAAAAUUUCUCCUCCAUAUGAAUCUUACUACUGAAUCGACUGGAAAUCCUAUAUCUUGUCCCUAUCCUAAAAAUUCUCCAUUUGGAAAUCAACAAUUGGCAUUACUUCAGUUAAAUGGAAUGCUGGGAAAUUUAAGUCAGCCCUUAUUUGCCAAUAAUGUGACUAGUCUACCGACUGUGGUUAAUUUUUCUGUUCAACAAAUGUGCAAAUCUAGGAAAUUUGUCAAAUCACAAUGGCUUUGCUGCUGAUGUAGCUUCUACAACAGCUGCGGCAACAAAUCAUGUGAUAGCUUAUGGUGAUGUCCGUUGGAACAAAUUCAGUGUCGAGGCAACGACAAUCUUGUAGUUGGAAAUGGGCAGAAUUGGGCCAUUAUACACAUCAGUAAUACCCUUUUUCCCUUUUUUUCAAUAAUGGUAAAACUAAGUAAUGUGCUUAUUGUUCCUUGUAUUGCAAAGAACUUAUUGAGCAUUUUAUAACUUGCUAAGAUAAUGGUUUUGUAGCUGAAUUUAAUCUGAUUCUUGUAUGAUCAAAGAUUAGGUGAGCCAAAUCCACCUUAAAGCUGUUUGCAGGGUGGAUUAUACAAGUUGACAGGAAAAUCAGGAGUUGAAUCAGCCAAUUCCCUGUUAUUCAAGCUGUUAACUUUUUUGUGGUCAAUAAGCUAUUAACAUUUGGUGAUUGUUAAGAUGUAAAAUGUGAGCCUAACUGCUUUGUACUGUCUGGUUCUGUUCAUAAGCCAUAUCAUUUAGGUUUUAAUGCUGCUGCAAAAAUGUAUUUCUGAGUCUGAGCAGGCAUUGUAUCAUAACAGACUUGGUGAUCCAUUUGAAGAAGUUCUGGUUGAAUUCUUAAGGGUUGUAACAGUGCUGUUGAUAUUUAUUUUCCUUUGUUGAUAUGGUACGUAGGAAAAGUUGAUCUCUGCUCAUAUUUCUUGAAUAUAUGUAGGUCUCUGCUCAUAUUUCUUGAA